AUGGAUGAGAGGAGCGAUGGUGGCCUGAAAACGACCCCGACUGAUCAGAAAAUCGAACGGGUUAGAUCGAAUUGCGGGCUGAAGAGAAGAAUCGCGGACCAAGGCCACCAUUUUGCAUUGGCAUUCAAUAUCUGCCGGUCCAAACUCCAGCGCCUUGACGCCAUUGAGCGGGACAAACGGGAGGCACGGGCCCCGCACACGAUCCAUCAGUUUGACCACGAGCCUCUCUCUGGCCUCAGCGGCCACUUUGCGGCCUCGUCACCGCAGCCACAGCAUCGAUAUUCGUCCUGCCCCACCACUGACGGCGACACAGGCACCUCCCCUGUCGUCCGGUCCCCCUCACCUCACUCUCACAUGGCCACAGUGCGUCCUCACCAACGGACAACCCAAGAUUCGGAACCAGCAGAGCCAAACAAGAAGCGCAAGCGCGCAGACACCUUCCUGGGCAGGAUGCAGGAGGAGUUUGUCCUCCCGAGCGUGGCGACGCCUCACGCCGAGCGCCUCACCCCCAACCUCCCACGGCGCGCCUUCGUGACCGUGGGCGCCACCGCCAGCUUCCGCCCCCUGCUCGCCGAGAUACUGCGCCCGUCAUUCCUCUCCUGGAUGAUGCAGUACGGCUUCGACGACAUCCAGGUCCAGUGCGGGCCCGACCUGGCCUGGUUUCAGUCCAUGGUCGACCAGCUGGACAUCGAUCUCGGCAAUCUCAAAAUUUCGUGCUUUCGCUAUACUACCAGCAUGCGUGACUUUAUCAUACGUUGCCGCCCCGUGGAGGGAGUCAGUAACGCGGGGGUCGUUGUAUGCCAUGCUGGCGCCGGAACCGUCAUUGAUGUCUCACGCUGCAGUGUUCCCUUCGUCAUAGUCCCGAACGAAGACCUUUUGGACAACCAUCAGGUCGAACUGGCUAAUUAUCUCGACGGGGAGCAGUGGGGCGUAUCGGCGAAGCCAAAGGGACUUGCCGAAGCCAUCAUGAGGGCCCACGUUCAGGCCUACGCCGGCGGCAUGUUUCCACUAGCUCCCGACUUGGCGCACUUGGACCUCAACGGCGAGUCCGAUAGCACCGUCUUCCCGAUGCCCCCGCACAAACGCAUCACGCUCCUCGACUGGAUGGCCCGCUCCUGCUACCCGGAGCAGGGCGAGUACGGCACCAGGUCCCGCGAGUCCCACGCUGCCAGCCCCGCCGCCUAGUCCUCGGCGGCUUCGCAUGAGGGCCCCUCCAGCGGCGAGCGGAGGACCCAUCCUGCACUUGACCGCCGCCGCCGCUCAACGAGUCGUGACCCCGGCCUGCACACCCAGGAGGAGCUGGACGAGUUGGAUAAGAUGUCUCUCGAGUGAAAAGGGUCACCCAUUCAACUGGCCCUGAACUUCACGGAGUGGCUGUAUCGAGCCUCCUGUCUGCGACUUCGGGCUUGAAGUCGCGCCAAGGAGCUCUAACAGUGGCCACGCAUAGGGCCCUUAUCCCGCCCCUCCCCUCCGUAUCGUCAUAGGUCUCACUUUUCCUUUUCUUGUUCCCAGGAGCCAAGGUUGGUUGGUUUAUGAGGCCCCCCUGAGAUGCCGCGGUACCCGCAUGGAUACAGUAGGGUACACCUUGGAUUCCCCAGUGCGAGGCGACCGAACGGCUUUCUAACCUCUUCCCCAGCCUCCUAAACCACACCAUGACCGUCGUUUGUUUGUCUCGCAUAGCGCUCGGCGUUCCUGCUCUUUUUUUUGACUCGGCCUUGGUAUCACGUUAUCAAUCAGGAGUCUGGUUGUCAUUUUCGUUCAUUUCAUGCAUCUGCGUUGUAUCUUCCCUUCGGUGGAGCCCAACGUUCGUUACACUCUACGGUGAUAGGAAACGUACACCACCCCUGUUCGCAAGUGAUAUUGUGAUGUGAUGUGCCUGCUCCGUCCGGAACUCGAUA